AUGCGAUCAGGUUUCUUCGCUUGGAUUACGGCUUCCUUUCUUCGGUUCAAUUCCAAAAAAAAAAAAAAAAAAGAGCUUUCUCCUAUCGCAGACUUGAAUCCAUCUAAAUAUCGUCAGCAUAUAUUUUUCGUCAUUUUUUCCCGUUUCUUUUUCUUCUUUCUAUCUUUCUUUUAUUUUUAUAUUGAAUAUUUGUUUCUUUUUUUUUUCUUAAUUUCUUUCAUUUUAUCUGCUUUAAUAUUCUUUAACAUUUAUUUCGCUAAUCUGUCAUUCUUAAAAAAAUUGGUGUUCUUCCAGAUUAAUCUUUCCUUUUUUUGUCAUUUUCUUUGUUUCAUUUUCUUGUCAUUGACGCUUUCAUCUUUCUCAUUCUUCAUUUCUCACUAUCUGUUCUUUCUUUCUUUCUUUCUUUCUUUUUUCUUUCUUUCUUUCUUUCUUUCUUUCUUUCUUUCUUUCUUUCUUUCUUUCUUUCCUUCCUUCCUUCUUUGCUUCUUUCUUUCUUUCUUUCUUUCUUUGUAUUUGUCACUAUCUCCACGUUUCUGUUUUAUUUUCUUUUUUAUCUUUGUCUGCAGCGGGGUUUACUUACUUCAGUGUCUAUCUAUCUACAGUAGCGUGUUCAUUAUCUAUCUAUAUAUCUAUCUAUCUAUCUCAGUCCGAUACGGGCAAUUCCUUUUCUUUUCUUUUAUUCUUUCUGUCUCUCUUCCACUCUUUCUUUCUCUUUUUAUUUUUUCUCUUUCUUCCAUUCUUUCUUUUUAUUCUUCUAUCUUUCCCGCUUUCUUUCUUUCUUUCUUUCUUUCUUUCUUUGUUUCUUUCUUUCUUUCACUGUUCUUUCUUUCUUUUUUCUCCUUUUUUCCUUUCUUUUCUUUCAUUUUUCUCCUUCUUUUUUUUCUUUUCAUUUUUCUUUUUUCUUUCUUUCUUUUCAGUUUCUUUCUUUUUUCUUUCUUUCUUUCUUUUUUCUCUUUCUUUCUUUCUUUCUUUCACUCUUCUUUCAUUUUCUCCUUUCUUUCUGUCAUUACAUUUUUCUUUUAUCUUUCUUUUUUCUUUCUUUCUUUCCUUUCACUAUUAUUUCUUUUUUCUUUUUUUCUCUUUCUUUCUUUCUUUUCAGUUAUCUUUUUUCUUUCUUUCUUUCUUUCUUUUUUCUUUCUUUCUUACCCUCAUUUAACUUUUCUUUCUUUUUUUCUUUUUUCUCCUUCUUUCUUGCUUUCUUUCUUUCUUUCAUAA